AUGAAGGCUAUAUCUAGAAGCUCGUUCUCGUUUUCUUCCAGGUCGUCCAAAAAGCUGGUUGACCAGGAGCACGGAUGUCAGCAUAGUACUAUUGAAGAUUUAGCUGGUCACGAUGAUGACACUAAGAAAGAGCCAGGCAUUUGUGGCACGGAAUCUAGCGACAAUGAUUAUGCACUUAACGAUGCAGAUCUCAAUGAGCAAAAAAUUGAGGGGUUUCUUGUGUUUUGCAAGCGUGUGCGCCGACAGCGCUAUUGUAUCUUGCAAAGCAGAACUAUGCUUGUGUUUAAAAAUAAACCUGGCGAUUCAGCGUCGCCUGGUGUUCCUUUAAAACAGAUCUAUGUGGCCGGUGUCAAAGAUGUCAUGCAGCUUGACGCGGGCGUGCGAGUUGCGCUGAUAGGAACUGGUGCACCAGGAAAUUACGACAAGACUUUUGUGAUUAGCUCGCACAAGUCAAAGCUGGUUGUGGUAGAAACCGGCUCCUCUGCCGAGAAGGAGCGCUGGUUGCAGACACUUUUCACAAUCGAUAUGCCUAUUUGCAAGUGCGAGAAACUUUCCUCGAAAUUUAUACUGCUUGAUGAUAACUUUGACGCCCAUACGGCUGUAACGUUGCUGCACAAGCAUCGCACAGACGCCGUGGCAACUGGAUUAGUAUUAGAUCGUUUGACUUCGUAUGCCGACAAAAAUGUUGAUGAUGUCGAAUUUUACAUUCAGCAAAUCGUUCACUUGACCGUUAAUAUCGAGCAGGCAGCACCAGAGAAGCUGGUAAAUUUGCUGCUUUCGAUAUGCCGCGCAAAAGCAUAUGUUGAACAUCUUGGAAAUUGCAUUCACUUAGCGCUGCAGUUGUUCUGGCUUCUGGAGGCUAAGAUUGCUGACAAUGACCCAAAAACGUACAACUUGUGUGCCAUGCUGCUCAUGUCGAUCGAGGCUAAAGUUGUCAAUCAACACUUCGAACUACCCAGCACGCAAACGUCGGAUGAUGUAACUCUACGUCUCAUGGAUAUUCCUUUGAUGAAGGAAAAGCUGGAACAAAUGUCCGCUGAAAUUGAAAUGCGAAGUGUUGAGUCAAAGAUGGAAGUAUUCACCACAGGGCACGCGAUGGGCGGCGUUGCCUCUCCUCUGCCAGUUGAUUUAAAAGGGUAUCAACCAGCGUUAUUGUUGCAGUGGAUGGAAAAAGAGCGUCAGAAGCGUUACAAGUACUUUCACCAGCAGCGGGACUUUGUGAAGGCACUUUCAGAUAUAUCAGAACGUAUGCGUGUCGUUGACCCUCCUCAGAACCGCAAAUCAUUUUUGCCCAGAGAACUGAACUCGUUGGUAGUCCCGGAUAUGGCAUAUAUUCCUCUCGGUCGCGUAUCAGAUCCGUUCUGUCGUAUCACUCGUGUGCUGACAGACGAAGGAACCGUUUUUUCUACCCAUAGUCGUGCUCCGUGCUUGCUUUGUUUCGAGGUCAUUGAAGACCAAGUCAAUUCUGCUGGUCAGCGCAGAUUCUCGGCAGACCAAAAGGAGGCUCACAAAUUGUCUUCUGAAUUCACGUCUGAUUCAGUUCGGGCAAAAUUAGAAGCCGAAGUUGCUGAUCUUCUGACCAACCCGUCGUCAAGUGUUAUUGCUCUGCAUGAUGCUCGAAACCUUACGUGCACAGUAAAUUCAGUAGAGGCAAUUGACUUAAUUUCUGAGCAAAGCACAACGGGCUCGCAGCAGUAUAAUCUUAUUCGCAGAUGCUCCAAGACAGCUUAUGAUAUGGGUCUUUCAAAACUUCUGAGUGCAACUGAGGUGUUUGGAGAGGGCUGGGAAACCAAGAAAGAGCGAAUUCGCGCGUCAUCCCCGUACGGACACUUACCUGGUUGGAACGUUGUCUCGCUCAUCUCCAAGAGCAACGAUGAUAUCCGCCAAGAAGUCUUUGCCAUGCAGCUUAUCACCACUUUUCAAGACAUUUUCCGCGACAGUGCUCUACCGCUGUGGCUACGUCCGUAUCGAAUCGUGUCAACGGGCCGCACAUGCGGCCUGCUAGAAACAAUCACCGACGCGCACUCGUUGGACGGCCUCAAAAAGAAACGCGGUUACGCGGGUCUGUUGGCCCACUUUGAGGGAACCUACGGUACCGGCGACGCUUUUAAAAAGGCUCAGCGCAACUUUAUGCACAGUCUCGCAGCAUACUCCGUCGUGUGCUAUCUGCUUCAGAUUAAAGACCGCCAUAAUGGAAAUAUAAUGCUCGAUACGGAGGGGCAUAUCGUACACAUAGACUUUGGAUUUAUGCUAGGCAUUGCACCAGGAGGCAACUGGAGCUUUGAGACGGCACCAUUUAAGCUUACGAAAGAGAUGGUCGAUGUGUUAGGCGGGGUGUCAUCCUCAUUGUUUGGCGAGUUCGUGCAGUUGGUGGCGCUAGGAUUGCUAGCGGCUCAACGUCAAAAUGAGCGGGUUGUGGCACUAGUUGAAAUAAUGAUGCACAACUCGACGUUCCCGUGCUUUCAAGGACGUGAUGUGUCUCGCGACCUUCAGAGGCUUCGCAGUCGCUUUAUGUUACAAUGCUCAAAGGAGCAAGUAGUCAAAGCAGCGGUGAAGAUGAUACGCAAUAGUUACAAAAAUAAGUGGACGAAACGCUACGAUCAGUUUCAAAAAAUUACAAACGGCAUAAUUCCUUAA